AUGGUUCAUCGGAUCUACGCCCCCUUCCUUCUCCUUUGCCUAUACCUGCACGGGUCACGGGCACAGGACAAGGCUGAAGUCGAUAUUCGGGUUUCUGGUGCUUGUAGUCCGGUCUACCUGCAGCGGAAAGGCAUCGAUGUAUCAAAAUAUCGUCCGUCUAUCCGAUUUAACCCCGACAAGAUUCAGCUGAUCCCGAAAAAUCCAAUCAUUCCCGGAUGUAUCAAGAUCAAAGCAGAGGGUGUCGAGAUCACCAAACCAGUCAAGAAUCUGGUAGCAGAGAUCGAGAUGAGGAUUGGAGGUACCCCGGACCCAAACAACCCGACCCUUCCCUGCAACAAGAAAAUUGAUGAAAAAGUGAAUCAGUGCCCGUGCGCGAAGGUGGACAACACAUGUGUUUUCUGUGAUUUCUGCCGACAGUUGAAAUCGCAAGCUCAGACGCAUAUUACGGCUACGCGGCGGUUGCCAAAUGGAAGGAAGAGUAUUGAUGACGAUUGUAAAUGCGAGGAGAUGCAACCUGGACUGUAUGAUAUUGAGACGGAAAUGUGCACGCCGGAAAUCGAUGAUGCUAAGGAUUACAUUCCACCCGAAAUUCAGAAUAACAUCUUGGAUAAGCGGCCGAUUUCUAUGUUCAUUACCGUAUACCUGAUGGAUCUUGAACAACGCGGUGCUCGGGAAAGCUAUCUAUCAGCAUUCGGAAAAGCCAUUCUUCAACGACGAAUGGCACAAUCUACCGUUGCCUGCUUCCUCCUUGGAAUCGACGUGAAACUUGCAUUCCCCUCACUGCAAUUA